UUAAAUAAGAUAACUCCACGGGAGCGUGAAACCUACCGUGGUUCUUCUGGAGAGAUCGAGAGUGAUGCGGAAGCGUCUUCGCGAAGUAGCCCCUUUCUUCUUCCCAAUCUUAUUUCAUCCAUCGCCUCCAAGCUCUGAGCGGAGGAUCGAUUGAUAAAGGGGAAUAAAUCCGACUGAGAGAGAGAGGUGGGGAGCGCCCAAAGGGGAAGGAAUUGUUGGAGAAGAGAAACCCUAGGGAGUUGGUUUUGGUGAAAAGGGGGUCUGGGGUUUUGCGAUUUUCGUGUUUAAAAUUUUUUGGUGUUCUGGUGGCCGACUUGGAGUAGAAUUUGUGACCGGGGGCUGGGGUUAGGGUUUGUGGGUUGGUUGGGAGAUGGCUGGAUUUCUGUCGGGGAAGAUGAAGAGGAAGGAUCUGGAGGAAGUGUACGACGAUUUCUCGGAGUUCUCUCUGUCGUCACCGGCUAGAAAGAUUAGGAGACUGGAUGCGGAGCUACCUCCGAUCAUGGAAGAGGAGGACUCGGCAGUUCCAGUGGCGUUCGAAUUCGAAAAACAGCAGCUGCCAAGGGACCUAAUGAGUGCUAGCAGUACUAUGCCGGAAUCAACAUCCACUAUGACCGAUGCUGUGCCAGUUCCUGCUUUGAAUGAGGAGAGAGCUCUUGUUCUGUACAAGCCUGUGGACGCGCAGCUCCUCUUGUCACCAGCUCAGUCAAAUGUUUCCCUCAGACUGAGCUCGGACCUGAUUCAUGGUCUAAAGAAUCAGGCUUUCCGGUCAGGUAACCAGAUCCGAAUAGAAGACAAAUCAGCUGUGUCAAGCAACCGCUUAGCAGUGGUUCCCUGGGUGCCGAACCAGGGCUCUGUGGUCACUACUGGUUCCGGAGUCACUAAAGUGGAAAGCAAGGUGCCGCAGGAGCCAAUGGAGGCUGAACAGAUUGAGAGCGUGUCCAUGGAAGUAGAAGAAGAGAGAGACCAAGCAGAGCAAGCAAGCAUCGACGAAGGAGCGGGUGGUGAAGGAUUCCAUCAGUGGCCGCAGCACUGCAUGACUCAGCUUCCACCUAACACAUCCACACCUAUAAUGUGGUCCUGGUGAUGAACGGCAGCAGAGUGCAUGACCGUGCCUUCUUUUGGCAAUGGACGUUCCGGUUCUUCACGGAGAAUCAGAGAUGGUACUGGUAUUUUGAUUGCUUUCCUUGCUUCACUUUCAUCAAUUGGCGACGUAUUCCAGCAGAACUGAAGGAUUAGUUUAGAAGUCGAGGAAUCGAUGAGAAGGCCCUUUUGUACAUGCGUCUAGUUUCCUGGUGUAGAAUGGAAUAUUCUCUUUUUGGUCAUUCCUUGUCUUUGAAAUGAAAAACAUGUAUCAGUCGGUCGUACCCUCCCCAAUCUCGCCUCUUUUUCUUUUUUUUUCCCCUUCCCUCUCUUUUAUGGUACAGCCCAUUUUCAGGUUUCACGCGAGCAGGUUUGUGCUUGUGAAAGCUGAUGCUUAUCUGAUGAUCAA